CCCCUGCACUUGACGUUUACACUGACAGCUGUCAGCGCGCCCGCACUGCUGCCAACUUUUCAACUGUCGCGGCUGUUUCCUGUUCUUUUCAACCAAGUUCUCUCCGACGUAUGUUGUGUCGAUAAAUAAACUAUCGAGGAAGAAUGGUCCGCAUUAGUGUGUUAGCCGAUGCGCUCAAGUGCAUCAACAAUGCCGAGAAGCGUGGAAAGCGCCAGGUCCUGAUCCGGCCGAACAGCAAAGUCGUGAUCAAGUUCCUGACCGUGAUGAUGAAGCAUGGCUACAUCGGAGAGUUCGAAAUCGUCGACGAUCACCGAUCCGGCAAGGUGGUGGUGAAUCUGACCGGUCGCCUGAACAAGGCCGGUAUCAUCUCGCCCCGGUUCGACGUCAAGCUGGACGAUAUCGAACGGUGGACCAAUACGCUGCUCCCCUCGCGUCAGUUCGGAUACGUCGUCCUGACGACCAGCGGUGGCAUCAUGGAUCACGAAGAAGCCAGACGGAAGCAUCUGGGAGGCAAGAUUCUGGGUUACUUCUUCUAAGUUUGCUGGGCGACAAAACAUUACUUUAAAGAGUAACUUCAACAAAAAAACAAAAUAAGAUUUAACAUCCGUCAGUCCCAAAUUCCAAUCACUCGCGGGAGAUUUUUCUUUUCUUUUUUUCUCUCGUAAUGGGAACGAGAUGUUUCGUUCGUUGGGGGAGGUUGGUAACCAUCCCCCUACUGGUGGGGGGUGCGGUUACUGACCGAAAUAAAAAAGGAAAACAAGAAAGCGGUUAGGUGUGUUUAUAAGAAUGCAUUAAUGUAAUGUGAAGUUUCACCUCAAGGGAAAGUGAAAAAAUUAAAAGAAAAAUCGAAUCCGUA